AUGUCUUAUAUAGGUUUGUUGGAGCAUUAUGGUGGAUAUGGGGAUGUGGAUGACAGCUCCCUACCAGAGGAGGAUCAGGUGGUACCCGACGCAGCUGACUCUAAGGACACUCUUUCCUCAAUAGUCCGAUCGAUACUCACCCUUAUGGAUUCUAAAGAGGAUCCAAUGGAGGAUGAUGAUGAGGGAGAUGCUGACGGUGCUAUAGGUUCACACACCUCCAAACCUACCAAGGACGACUCCACCCAUGAGGGAUCCGGUUAG